AACAAUAACAGGAAGUUUCUUUUCAUCAUUUUUCAAUUUUUAGAUGGGACAGUGAAGAACGAACAAAUUUUGAUCGGGAUUUGGGAAGGGGAACUUUGUAUUUUGUGCAGACACAGAAGCGCGGACGAGGAUAACGGCACAAGAAGAGAAAAUGACAACAGCUGAGAAGCUGUACUGGCGGCGAAAAUUGCCGCCAGGCUUCCAGUUUUACAUGGAAGCUCUUGCACGUAGUGUCAUUGGGAAUCGCCCAGAAUCCAUUUAUGAUUAUGCAGCUGUGUAUUUGGAGGCCAAGAUAGUCGAGAGGAAUGCUGCUGUCAAACGCCUUCCAGACUUGUCCUAUUUGAGGAACAUUGUGACAAGGAAAGAGAGUCGAUCUAGUGCUGUAGCAGAAUCACAAGAGGCCAAGACAGACGAUAAUCAGAAAGAGACCUAUCAGGCAGUUGGUGACAAGGCAAAGAGUGAGCCAACUCUGGGUUCAGAGGUUGACGAUAUCAAGAAAAAGGGAGGUUCACUUGGAGAUUUAGAGAACAUGGCAGAUGUCUCCCCACAAGAAGCCGAAAAUAUUGGUGCAGAUGAAUCAGGACGGGAAACUCCGGCUGAGGUGAAAGCUGUUGUUGACGGCGCACUCCAGUCAGCUGAACAACCAUCUGAAUCACAAGUACCAAAUGGUGUUGAAAAACAAGACAGUGAAACAGAGCAACUGGUGCACCAAGAGGCUGUCAAUCCUGUUGAAUCAAGUGUAAUGUCGACCGCUGAAGCGCCGGUAGCGAAAGAAGCUACAGAACAAGUCGAAACAACGGCUGUUCCUGCUCCAGCAGAAAAUGGAACAUCACCUGAGGUAAUAGUUUCAACACCAACGGAACCGCCCGAGACACAGUCUGAUGUAUUGACAAAAGCUGAAGAAGCGGUUUCGGAUGAAAAGGCAGAAGAGCCCACACCUGAAGUACCUGCAGCAGAGGAACCAGCAUCAGAAGAGCCAUCACCUGCAGAAUCCUCACAAAAGGAGACUGCAACCGCAGAACCAACGCAGGAACCGUCUACAUCCGAAAAAGCCGCUGAAGAGUCUGUACCUGUGGAAUCUGCGAAAGACGAACCUACAUCUACUGAACCUGAACCUCCAGAAACCGCAAAAGAAGAACCUGCACCUCCAGAAACAGCAAAUGAAGAGCCUGCAUCUUCAGAGCCUGCAUCUUCGGAAUCUACAAAAGAAGGACCUGCACUUUCAGAACCUGCAAAAGAAGAGUCGGUUCCCACAGAGCCCGCAAAGAAAGAGCAAGAGCCUUCAGAACCUUCAAAGGAAGAGCCUGCGUCUCCAGAGCCUGCAAAGGAAGAGUCUGCAUCUGCAACAGAAGAGCCUUCAACUGCAAAAUCAACACCUGUCACGACAGAACCUGCACAAGAACCUGAACCAGCACAACAGGAAUCUACGCCUACUGAAAGCGCACAAGAAGAGCCUUCUCCUGCAGAGCCUACAUCUAAAGAGUCCGAGCCAGCAGAACCUGCGUCAGAAGAAACUAAAGCUGAAGAAGUUGCACAAGAGGCACCUGCAUCUGCAGAAUCAACCGCACCAGAGGAGUCUUCAACUGAGGAACAACCUGCUCUUGCAGAAGGCACAACCCCUGAAUCAACCGAACCCGAGGCAACUACAUCUGCUGAACAGGAACAGCAUACAAAAGAAGCUGAUGACCAGGCAUUUCGUACCAAAGACGAAGAUGCGGCGUCUACUGAAGCAACAGCGGGAAAAGAAGAGGCUUCGAGCGAGGAAAAUGUUAAUCCAACACCUGAACCAGCACCAACGGAGCCAGAGGUAGGUCAGAGUGAGGAAAAAGACCAACCUCUAGCAGAAGAAACAUCAACACAAGAACAGGUAUCGGGAGAAGUAGCCCCCGAAUCACAAGCGUCUGUGGAUGCUGCCAGUACAGAGGAUCAAGCAGCUGAAGCUCAAUUAGAAGAAGCUACAGUAAAGUCCGCCUCUGAAACACAAGAGCAACCGACUGAAACAUCUACAGAACCUGCAGCAGAAGUAGAACCUGAACCAGUCGUAGAAACGCCAGCUGAACCUGAGCAAGAGGCCACGACUGAAGCUCAAGCUGAACCACAAUCUACGCAAGACACUGAGCCAGCAAAAGAAGCACCUUCAGAACAAAAAGCAGAUUCUGCCCCUGAACAACCUGCCGAGCCACAGUCCGAAUCAGCCCCUGAACCAGAUGACAAGCAAGAGUCCGAUUCAGCCCCUGAACCAGCUGUCGAGCAACAGUCCGAAUCAGCCCCUGAACCAGCUGUCGAGCAACAGUCCGAAUCAGCCCCUGAACCAGCUGUCGAGCAAAAAUCCGAAUCAGCCCCUGAACCAGCUGUCGAGCAAAAAUCCGAAUCAGCCCCUGAACCAGCUGUCGAGCCACAGACUGAAUCAGCACCAGAGCCAGCUGCAGACCCACAGUCCGAAUCAGCCCCUAAACCAGCUGAUGAGCCACAGCCAGAAUCACCAUCUGAACCAGGUACCGAGCAACAGGCUGAAUCAGCCCCUGAGCCAGCAGUGGAACAACCAACUGAGGCACCAGCUGCUUCAGUACCAGAAGCAGCUGCCGAGCAAACAUCAGGGUCCGCUAGUGAACCAGCAACGGAGGAGCCAUCUGAACAACAAGCAGAACCAGCACCUGAGUCAUCUGCUGAACCAACAGAGACACCAGUUGAACAGCCAAAGGAGACUGCCCCUGAACCAGCUGCCGAACCACAGUCGGAAUCAGCUAAAGAACAAGUAGCAGAAGCACCGGCAGAAAAGCCAACUGAAUCUGUGCCAGAACCAGCAGCAGAUGCACAAACUGAACAAGUAGCCACACAAGAGACAAAAGCAGAUUCACCCAAACAAGAAGCCGAAUCGUCGGCGACACCGGAACAAUCAUCCGAGCAGGCCUCCUCCUAAGGCUGUAUUCCAUACAAUUCAAUUUUGAUCAAUUUCGACAGGAACAAAACGUUCCAUCCUUUCCAAUCAUAGUCUGUGAUGUUCCAAUAUUUUCAUGCCAAUCAAGAUUCGUAUUAUGUCGAUAUGUUAUUUGUGUAUACAUGUAAAUACUGUGUUCCGUGUAGGAGUUAAUAUAAAGAAAACUGUAUCACUUUCUAACUAGUCAACCGUAGAUUCCUAACAAUCUCUUUCAAAAGGACAUGCAAUAGUUUAGGAUUACAAGCUUAGCUAGGAAGGAAACCGGAUGCAAGUUGUGAUAUAGGUUUUUGUAAUUGAUUAAAACUGGCAUUAUUUUU